AUGCUCACCUGGCUUCAGACUCUGAGUAAUAAAAGAACUAGGUCAGAAUCAGAGGACUCGCUGGCUGACACCCCACCAAGCCAGAAUGAUAUCGCUGCAGGUCAGACGCAAGUUAAUGAAAGCAGCACUUGUGCCGCUGUCGAUGAGGUUCUCACAUGUGGCGACGAGGACGAGAGUGACACCACUUCUACCGAUGACAACAGCCGCGUUAGCGAGCAUGAGUGGCCAGAAUGUUGGUCUCAAGCACAAGUCCGGUAUUUCUCCACAAAUUACAAGUGGCUGAUGAGCAGAAAUCAAAAGUUGGGUUGUAGUGUGUGUAGUCAAGUUUGUGCUCGCGUGGACAUGCAGCAAGGGCAGAGAGUGUCGCAGGAGUGGAGUGGGUGCUUAAUCUCGUCUUUUGGAAGGGACAAGGCUGCACAACAAAACUCACUACAAAAGAAAAUAAAAGAGCACAGAGACUCAAUUUAUCACAAGAAAGCAGUUGAAAUAAAAGAGAAGGCAACACAAAAUACAAUGCAAAAACACAUUGAAGAUAUGAGAAAGGCUGACUACGCUUCAGCUUGCAAUGUGUUUAGAACAACUUAUAAGAUUGGCAAGCAUGGGCGUCCCUUUACAGACAUGCCAAUAGAUGUCCAGUUGCAAGUCUUAAAUGGUGUCAAGAUGGGCAGAGUUUUGCACUCUAAUAACUCAUGUGCAAAUAUACUGGAUCACAUUGCAGCUGAAAUGAAAAAGAAGGUAGUCAAUGACAUAGUGAUGAAUGAAAGAAAAUUGUGUGUGCUCAUUGAUGAAUCCACUACAAUAGGUGGAAAGUCUGUGCUUGUCGUGUGCCUGCGGUCAGCUAUUUCCAGUGAAAAGCCAGACACAAUAUUUUUUGAACUGAUUGAGCUGCAGGGGACCACAGCAAAGGACAUCACUGAAGCACUGUUAGGAUGUCUUCAUAAUAAUGGCUUUGACCCUCACUACCUACAGGAACAUUUGUUGGCAUUUGCUUGUGAUGGAGCCUCAGUGAUGCUUGGGAGGAAAGCAGGAGUUGCUGCGCAGCUUUGUUCCAAAUUCCCUUACCUGUUUGUCUGGCAUUGUUCCAAUCACAGACUGGAACUGGCAGUUUGUGAUGUUUUGAAGGAGCGUCUCCUUGUGAUAGGCCGUGUUUUAUCAGUGCGUUGGGUUGCUUCAAGUGAGAGAACAGUGAAAGCAGUAUGGGAGAACUACCAAGCUCUGCAGGUACACUUUACAAGUGCUGCUGCUGAUACCAGCAGGGACUCAAGAGAGAGAGCAAAAUACAAAGGACUCGAUGUUCUCACUACUGAUUCUUUUGUGGUCAAUCUUGGCAUCAUGUAUGAUGCUCUCACAGAACUCAGUGACCUAUCAAGAAUGCUCCAGAGACGGGACAUGACUUUGGAUCAAGCCGACAGGCAGCUGGACCGACAAAUCCGGGUGUUUGAGUCAAUGGUAUCCACACCUGGUCCCUACACACAAACUGCCAUUGAAGCUGAAAAGAAGAAAUUCUUCAGAAAUGUAUGCCUGCAUGAAAAUCAGAGGGUUAUAAAAAUCAACCCUGGGCAAUUUUUCCGUAGCCUGGCUGAAAAUGUUAAGUGCAGGAUGACUCCAACAACUUCCUCACAUGUCAGUAGAACCUCAUCUGAAAAGACAGAUAGUCACCUCCUCUCAGACAUCAAGGUCCUCCAGUCUGACUCCUGGCCUGCAUCUCUAGAUAUUCAAUAUGGGGAUGCAGCGGUCAGACGUUUAUGUCAGAGAUUCAGAGUUGGGGAGAGGGAAAGUGUCCUAGGAUUUAGGGAGUAUAAAGACCUUAAUGCUUCCAAGACACCAGAAGCCCUGAAGCCUCUUCUUAAAGCUGUCCACACCAUUGCAGUAUCAACAAGUGAAUGCGAGCGAGCUUUCAGCUCAAUGAAUGAUACUUUGACAGAUAAAAGAAACUCUCUCGACAUCAAAAGGCUUUCAAAUCUGAUCUUCCUGAAAUGCAACGGACCACCCUUGGAUCAGUUUAAUGCACAAACAUAUGUGCAGACAUGGCUGGCACUAGGGAGGAGAAGUGCAGCAUCCACAAACUGCGAAGCCCAAAGUGCAGGGAAAGUGGAGCCCAAAACGUGCUGGAGCCUUUUCUAG